AUGGCGUUUUCAUGGUGCGGCGACUCAAAAUGGUUGCGUGGUUCCCAUCAAAACGUAAAAGAACAAAAAAAAAGCACAGCAAGUCUCCGGAAAAUUAAAGCUGUUUUCUGUUCAUUGUUAUCCUUCAAACAUGCUGCAAAAUUAAAGCUUGUGCCGAAAUUUGGUGAAGGAGAAAACUGCCACUUUGCGACGAACGACAUGAGAACAACAAGAAAACAAAUGCAAAACCCAUAA